CCGACAGGGUUCUACUUGUUCGCGGUGCUGGCGCACGAGUUGGGACACUCGCUGGGGCUGCAGCACUCCUCCGUGGAGGGCGCGGUCAUGAAUGCGUGGUACCGCGACGGGCUGGACGCGGAGCACUUCGAGCUCCACGAGGACGACACCUUCGGCAUCCAGCAGAUCUACGGUCCGCGUGACGGCAGGCUGUGGGCGAAGCUCCCCAAGUACCCCAAGUACCCGGACUACUCGCCGUCGCCCCGGCCGCCGCAGCGCCCUGCCAUCGCCCCGCCCGUCGUCCCACCCCCUGCUCUGCCGCCCCUGAGGCCGCACGACCCCGCCCAGCCGGCCAAGUGCAACACGGACUUCGAUGCGGCGGCCGUCAUCAGGAGGGAAACGUACUUCUUCAAAGGGAAGUACUUUUGGCGCAUACAAGAACAAAACAUUCCUGAAGGUCCACAUCUGACUGAAAGAUUUUGGUAUGGUUUUGAUAAAAACUACACUCAUAUUGAUGCUGUCUACGAAAGAAUUCAUGACAAUAACAUUGUGUUUUUCGUCGGCAAAAAAUAUUACGUAUAUAACGGCACCAAUUUGAUUUCUGGCUAUCCAAAACCAUUGACCGAGCUUGGUUUGCCACCCACUCUCACUCACAUUGACGGAGCCAUGGUUUGGGGUCACAACAGUAGAACAUAUCUCUUCUCUGGAACACUGUUUUGGCGCCUGGAUGAAGAAGUGGGAAAAGUAGAAUUGGAUUACCCGCGGGACAUGUCAAUGUGGCGUGGUGUGGGUUAUAAUGUUGAUGCAGUUCUCCAGAAACAUGGUGUAACCUACUUCUUCAAGAAUAAGGGGUACUGGAAAUUUGAUGAUCGCCAUAUGAGAGUCGAACAGUGCAUGCCUAAAAACAUAGCAGCCUCCUGGAUGGGUUGUAAGGAACCGGAGGGAAAAUGGUCUGACUGGGAAGAGAACUAUUUGGAUAUUUUAAGAGACUCAAAGGAUUGCUUCUAUGACAUAGCUGUAAAUGAUGAUGAUGGAGAUUCCGCAGCAUGUCAAGCAAUCAAUAUUGUUGUAUUCUGGUUGUCUCUGUUAGUUUCAUUUUAUUUUGCAUUUUAGAACAACAACAAUAUCAAAUCUUUGAACGGAUAUUUUUUUGCAGUUUUUAAAUCUAUCAAUCUGAAAGUGUAUAAGAUGUGUAGAUAAGUAUUUUUCAUGUGCCCGACUAUAGCUAGCUAGUUGACGGUUUCAACUGUUAAAACAAUAAAUCAAAGUAAAUCUAGAUAUUAAAACAAGAAUAUAACUUGUACAUGAAAAUGGUACUGUGAAUGAAAAAUAAGCUUAUAUGUGUUAUAAGUAAAAUUACUUCUACAUGUAAUUUUUCAAUUGAAAUGAGUACCUACAGUAUUGAUGUAGGAGCACUUUCACAACCCAUGUGUUAAAAACUGUCUUAAGCAACCAUGUGCUCAUGUUUUGCCCUUUGACAUAAUCAUUUUUUGAAGCUCUCUUUAGAUAUUGUUUCUCAUGGUUUCAAAGAGACUUCAACAUUCUGUAUUUUCAUGAUGAGGUUUAUUACACAAAGUGGUCAUGCCAUGACAUGGAUGGUUCUAGUCAUAAAUAUAUUUUUUGAUCUUUACUUAUAUAAGAUUACAUGUUCCAAAGUGAGAUAGAUAAUGUAUGUUUUGAUCAAUUUUGUAUGAAUUAGCCCAUUUUUACCAGUUCAAGAUAAGAGAUAUUCAAGUCUAUGCAAAACAUGUGUAUUACACAAUGAUUAUUACUGUAUUGCAUUGUUACGUAUUGGUACACACCCCUACAUUUGUUGGCUGUAGAGUAAACAAAAAUUCUUGGAUUAGGAUUUUGAUCAUUAAGCUGGAGACCAAGGCGGGCAAUGAAUGUUCCGGAAUGGAAAAGUAAUUUAAUUUGUUACAAUUUCCCAUACUUCUGAUUUGCACAAGAUUGUAGUGAAAUUUCUGUUCUGUGACGUCGUGAUAUAGGGUAUGGAAACUGUUCUGGGAUUUUUUAAUGUGCCAGCAUACAACUUUCAAAGCUGCCAUUUUACUGUUCAGAGGUUGGCUCUUAUGGUCUGUGAUUAUAGAUAUAUGCACUGGGCAAAAAGAAAAGAUGAACAUAGGGUGACUUUUCUUUUUUUUUUAAUAUGCAUUUAAAUAUAAUUUGUACAUUUAUUUAUUAAAAUUUUUGAUAUUUGGUUUUAUAAUUGUGAUAUAGAACCGUAAGUAUUUGUGUACUACUCAACCUUCCUGUGCCUUUCACUUAGAAAUUGUGAGAGCAGUAGACCACUUCAGUCCCGUACAGGACUAUUGACUUUUUGACAUAAUAAAGUUGCUUCAUUCCAAA